CUGUAGUAGCUCAUGAAGAAUUUGAGCCGUAUGAAAGACCUCGAUCGGCUCUGGAAAUGUCUCCGGGGAAGACUCGCCCACGCCGCUCAGCAAGCAUGAGUGAAGCACGUGGUGAUGAAGCCCAUCACGGCUACAACCACCAACCGUCAUACGCUAGAGCGACGGCUACCCGAGGCGCGCGACGAGUGACAUUGGAGGAGAAGAUGAGGCAAGAACAAGAGCUUUUGUAUCAGAGUGGUACGCACACAUGCACCAUAAAAUCCGAGUCUUUACGCCUAUAUUUACAUCGCUGCAGACAGAGGUCCCGAUUCCUACGGGUCUGACGACCUGGAACGUGAGUAAAUCC